AUGGCCCGAGAGUGCCCCCGAUUUGACGACUCAGGCCCGCUGCUUGAGGAGCCGGUCGGCAAGGCGCUGCUGCCGCUCUGCCGCCAGCCGCAGACUGUCCGCCGCGACGCGUCGCUCCUCGAGGCGACUGGACUCGCGCUCGGCCUGCUCUCGGCCGAGCGGCUGCACGCGCUGCCGGUGCUCGACGCAAGCGGAGCCCUCUUCGACGUCCUCUCGAGCCGCGACGUCAGGCAGCUCGCGUCCAACCCGGCGACCGACCUCGCCAUCCCUCUCGAGGAGGCGCUCCGCUCGCUGCCGCCCAAGGACAGCCGGGUACAGACGUGCGCCGUCAGCGACACCGUCGCCACCGCGAUCACGCGCCUCGCCGACCCGGAGGCGGCGCAGCUCGUCUGCCUCAACGACGCGGGCGCCGUCUGCGCAGUGGUCACCGCUUCGGCAGUCCUCGCCGCGCUGCUGCCUAGCUCGCCGCCGCACCACGGAUGAGCUCUCGCCGCACUGAGCUGGGCCGGCGGCGCCGCGGACGCGCCGGGGCAUUUGUUACAUCGCACCCCAACGCGCUUCGGCAUUUGUUGCGGUUUGCGCGCGCUUCGAUCCGGCGUUGCCCCUCCGCUAGCGAUCACAGCC